GAAAAUCCGACAAUUUUCCUGCUCUUCCUUCCCCCCUGCUUCUAGAACAGAAACAAAGCAGGCUAGUUUAGCUGCAUCCUCUAGAAAAAUCACAAUUUUCUUCGGCUCCUCCCGUUUCAAUGACAGCCUUCUCUUCUCCUUCUCUCCACCGUUUCUUCCCGAAACCCAAACGCAAUCUCAGUUCCCCACCCUGGUCAGAUGCCACCCGCUUGCUGCGGCGGCCUCGAAUGUGUUCUCUGCGCCACCUGCGCCCGCUGGGCUUGGCGCCGCUGCUCCCACGCCGGCGCCCACGACAGCGCUUCAUGGCCUCCCGCUUCCGCCCCAGAUUUCGCGCCCAUCCCCCGAGCCUGCCGCGCCAUCCUCGCCUCAUAUGAAGACGACCUAUCGCACCCUCGCUGGGCGCCAUCGCCCUUUGGCUACCGCAUGGAUCCCUCCUCCGUCAUCCGCCGCGCCACCGACGCCGACACCGCUGACCGCUGCCCUCCAUACCUUAUCUACAUCGACCGCGACAACUUGGAGCUCGUUCUCGCAGUACGCGGCCUCAACCUCGGCCGCGGCGCGGAUUACCGCCUCUUGUUUGAUAACAGACCCGAGGCCCAACGUUUUGAUGGGGGCUACGUGCACCGGGGGUUGCUCAAGGCUGCUGUUUGGAUUUUGAACCGCGAGGCAAAGACGCUGAGAGGGGCAUUGAUGGAAGCAGGGCCGGAGUGCCGGUUGGUAUUCGCCGGACAUUCGUUAGGUGCAGGGGUGGCGGCGAUGAUGGCGGCGGUGGCUGUUAAUUCCUUGGACCGGUUUGGUGGGAUUGGGAGGGACUUGGUGAGCUGCUAUGCCGUCGCACCCGCACGGUGUAUGUCGAUUGAUCUGGCAGUCAAGUACGCCGACGUCAUACAUUCUGUCGUGCUUCAGGACGAUUUUUUGCCAAGAACGCCCACACCCUUGGAACAUAUCUUUGGAUCUAUUUUCUGCUUACCUUGUUUGCUAUUCUUAGUUUGCAUGAGGGAUACUUUGAUACCUGAGGAUAAAAUGCUGAAAGAUCCAAAAAGACUUUACGCUCCAGGUCGUAUAUAUCAUAUUGUUGAGAGGAAGCCAUGCAGUUGCGGGAGAAUGCCUCCUGAUGUCAAAACAGCCAUUCCCAUUGAAGGAAGAUUUGAGCAUAUUGUGUUGUCUUGUAAUGCCGUUUAUGAUCAUUCACUUGUUUGGAUAGAACGAGAAGCUCAAAAGGCUUUAGAUAGGAUGCAAGAGAGUUGUGAUUCGAUGGUCCCUCCGACGCAGCCGAUAAUUGUAAGGGAUCAAUCCAUUGAUAGAGAGCACAAGGAUGCGCUCGAGAAGGCGGUGCGAUUGACUAAGUAUCAAUCUUUCAAUUCGAAUAGGAAACCUUAUGAUAAAAUUUACAUCCCACUUGAGAAUGAAGAGGAGGUGAGAUCUAUGGGGCCUAAGUCUGAUAUAGAAGAACUGGUGGACAAGCUCUUUGACAAUGUUGAUGUUGUUGAAGAUAAGGGAGCAGGAGGCUACAGUAAAGAGUAGUAGUAGAGAUUUUGGUAGACAGUCUCUCACACGUUUAUGAAUGGGAAGAUUUUGAUACUUGUACACAUUAUUUCAUUACUUUAUGUAUUAUAGGGGUGGAGAUGCAUUUUAUUUCUUGUUAUACUUCGCAUACUCAUCCGGUUUUUUUUAUUAUUAUUAUUAGCAUUAGAGGUAGUAGUGUGUAUAUAUUAUGAUGCUCUGUGGGAGGUUAAUGUUGUGUAAACAUAUGUACAAUUUAGG